CUAGGACCCAGUCAAACCACAAGUCAGAGCAAUAGAUGAAUUAUUAAGCAAAGAGGUGGAACAGAGCAGCUAGAACUGCCAAGCACUUAGCCCCGGUUGGAAGAGCUGGAGAGCGACUGCUGUGGGAAAGAAAGGGCCGAUUCUGGAGAACUAAGGAGCACAAACAGCCUUUGCAGAACCACCACGGGAGAAGAGAAAGACCUCCUCGCGCAAUGAGUAACGCAGGUUAUGAAAAGGUCACAGGCGGCGUACCUAACCCCCAGGAUCUACCACCCCCUUACUCUGAUCCAGUGCAGCCACCUCUUCAUCCAACAGCCCCUGGGGCUUAUGAAGCUCAUCCUCCUAUGCCAAACCAGCUUUAUUAUGGCAUGGCUGUCCAAGACCCCAAGGAAGAGCCAGUUCGUCAACCCGUCGAACUCACCAAUGAGCCUGACCACCUGGCCUACGCCAUUUUCACUAUGCUUUGCUGUUGUCUACCCCUGGGUGUCGCUGCCUUAGUUUACUCUAUACUGACCCGAGAGGCCAACCGUGAAGGGAACAGCACCGCUGCACAACGCAACUCCAGGCUGGCACGGAUUUUGGCCCAUUCAGCGCUCGGGGUGGGGAUCGGCGUCCUCAUCAUAUAUAUCAUCUUCAUUGUACUUAUGCGAGUUGCAUUGAAAUGAACAUCUCUCAGUCCCUAUAUAACUCCUAGGAGCACAUGAUACAGCCUAAAACAGUGACACUGCCCCACCCAUAGACAAGUGAUGAAUCAAAAACUAUGGAACGUACACCUCUAUGAGAAAAAAUGAAGAAAUGGAAUGUUUCUGGAUCCAUUUCUGUUUGUUCAAUUUACCUUUCUAUAUAAAAUUACCUAGUUGUACUCCCCCAGAAAGAGCUGACUCACAAUUGGGGGGGGGGGUCCUCCUGGACUCGCGGCUCCUGCUGAAAGAGCAGGUGGCCGCAGUGGCACAAGUUUGCCUUGUGCACCCACUGGGCCCAUGUCUGGAUCGAGAGGCUGUUCUCACGAUAACGCAUGCUUUAGUCAUCUCCCAGCUGGAUUACUCUAAUUUCUGGCACAUGGGGCUGCCCUUAAAGAACAUUCGAAAGCUGCAACUCAUCCAAAAUGCAGCCACGCAGGCAAUUUGGGGCAUUUCACAAUAUCCUCAUGUAAAGCCUCUGUUCUGAGUGCACUGGCUUCCAGGAGGCUUCUGGAUGCAAUCUAAGAUGCUGGUUAUCACCUAUAAAGCCCUACAUUGGUUGCACAGGGCUGGGUUAUCUGCAGGGCCACCUGUCCCUGAUUGUUUCUGCUCACCCUACCAGAACCAGCAGGUUGGCAUGCUCCAAGUCCCUUCUAUUAGGCAGUGUCACCUUUGGAAUCCAGGAGUCACACCUUCUCAAUUGCAGCACCUGCUGUAUGGAACAGCAUCCCCACAGACACACGGCUUGCCCCCCACCCUGUUGGCCUUUCAUAAGGCAUUAAAGACCAGGCUAUUCCGUAGACUUUUGGGCUCAUUUAACCUUGUUGGCAGAUUUGCUUAAUUCUGGUCUUUGGAUUAGAAGUUUAUGAUUUUCAGACCUUACAUAUAUGUUCUAUUACUUAGUUUUGGAUGAUUAUAUAUAUAUUUGCUGGUUUUGGCUUUAACCCUGUGUUCACUGCCUAGAGUCACUGCUGGGAGAUGGGUGCUAUGUAGAUAGCUUAAAUAAAUAGAAUUAUUGUGUUUUCUGGUCUUCCUCUCCUGUGGUGUCAUUGGGCUGUUUGUUGGACUUAGGUCUCUCCUAAGUUCAGUGUAGGCCUCAUAUAUUUUACAUAUUUUAUAUAUUCGUAAUAAAUACAUGUUGCAUAUUUUAUAUAUACUCAUAACUUGUAUGGUUCACCAACCUCCAUGUCCCACCCCUUUAAUAAAGACCAUUCAGUUGUAUUGGCUAAAUUUCUUCCAUGGCUGUCCAGCAUGUUUUGAUUUAUUCAGCUAAAUAAAUCAAUAAAUGAUACCUCUCAUGAUUUUGAAA